UGUAUUUUUGGUCAUUUUUUGGUCUUUGUCUCCUGCAUGGAUGUUCUGCAUAUCCACAUCCCAUAAUGACUUUAUAUCUGUGUCCGGGCCUUGUCCUCUUUCUGUAUUUGUGAAUCUGUAAAACUACAGAUAAAAGAGGAGAAGACGCCCGUGGCCACAGCGGUCCCACCUCAACCUUUGUCGGCUGUGCCAGGAGGUUUCCUGAAGCAGCUGGUCAGAGACUCAGAGAAGGAGACCAAACUGAAGGAGCCAGAGGUCAAAGAGGACAAGGCACCCAGCAAACUAAGUGACAACCUCGUGCAACACUUCCUCCUCCCAGAUCAGACUCCUCCGAUCCUUGAGGCCGAGAUGUCUCUCCGAGCCGAUCAGAUCAUCAACGCCAAGCAAGGCCUGGAUUCAGCCCAGUCGGGCCCCAAGUCCUCCCCUCAGAGACACAUAGUCACUGCUGACCCCGACAGGAAACAGGAAACCAGACUGAACAUGACCUCAGCAAUGAAGAACAGGAGCAAGGAGGCAGAGAAGACCAAGGAAAGGAUAGAGGAGGUGAAACAGCUGGUGAAGAAGGAGGAGGAGAUUGAGACGAGGCAGGAGCCAGAGGGACGGCAAGCAGACAGCACCGUAACAGAGCACGACAGGAAAGAGGUGAGAGAUGUGUGGUAUGAAGCUGGAACUGUGUGGUACGCCCAUAAAGACGGUUAUACCCUGGCCACUCAGCUGAAGCCAGAUGAAGGCACACCUGAACUCCCAGAAGGCAAAGUGAGGGUCCGCCUGCAGACAGAUGGAUCGCUGCAUGAUGUUACGGAGUAUGAAAUUGAGAAGUGCAACCCACCGGAGCUGGAUCUGUGUGAGGACCUCAGCGACCUCCAGAGUGUCAACGAAUGUGGACUUCUGCACACCCUGAGCAGCCGAGCCAAAGCCAACAUGCCGCUCACACACGCAGGACCCAACUUAGUCAACUUCUGGCCUCCAUUACAGGCUCACAGCAAGACACCCAAGUCCCGACGUGGUGAGUCAGUGUGGGAUGCUCCUCCUGCUCUGGCUGCCCUGGUCAAACGGGUGUACGUGUCCAUGGUUGGCACCAGGAGAGACCACAGUGUAUGUGCAGUGGGACGCAGCGGGACUGGAAAGACCACCACGUGCCAGGCCUUCACUCACGCUCUCCUCAAACAAGCUGGUACGACCGGAGAGAACAUCAGCGUUGAGCGAGUGCAGGCGAUGUUCACCAUUUUGAGGUCUUUUGGAUGUGUAAGCUCCGCCCAUAGUGACGCUUCAUCUCGAUUUGCCAUGAUGUUCUCCCUGGACUUUAACCACGCCGGACAGGCAGCUGCUGGACACCUACAGACUAUGAUGCUGGACAAAUGGAAAGUCUGUCAGAAAACUCAAGGAGAGAGUAAUUUCCUGGUGUUCUCUCAGAUGCUGGCGGGACUCAGCACAGAGAUGAGGACUGAGCUGCAGCUGCACCAGCUUCCUGAGUCCAACUCUUUUGGUAUUGUUCAUCCCUCCAAGGUUGAGGAGAAACAGCGUGCGUCCGUCGCCUUCACCAAGCUGCUGACUGCCAUGGAAACGCUGGGCUUCUCAGCCAGUGAGCAGAAGGCGAUAUGGCAUGUUCUGGCUGGUAUUUACCAUCUGGGAGCUGCCGGGGCCUGUAAAGUGGGUAGGAGGCAGUUUGUGAAUUUUGACAGUGCCCAGGUGGCCAGCAGCGUGCUGGGGUGUGAAGGGGAGGAUCUGCACACUGCUGUCUUCAAACAUCACUUGCGACAGCUGCUGCAGAGAGCCACUGGAGGCAGCAGAGAGAGGACCACCUCUGCAGAGUCAGAGGAGGGGCCCAGGCUGACAGCUGUGCAGUGUGUUGAUGGGAUGGCUGCUGGACUCUAUGAGGAACUGUUCUGUGCCAUAGUCUCACUCAUUAACAGGGCUCUGCGCAGCCAACAGCUGGCAUUGGCCUCUGUGAUGAUCAUAGACACACCUGGAAUGAGGAACCCGAGACAUUCUGGAGAGGAGCGAGGUGCCAGCUGGUCUGAGCUCUGUCACAACUACCUGCAAGAACGGCUGCUGGAGUACUACCACACACACACCUUCAGACACACACUGGACAGAUACGCACAGGAGAAUAUCCCAGUGGAGUUUGAGUGUCCGGAGAACAGCCCGGCUGAGCUGGUAUCUACCAUCGACCAGGCGCCUCCACAGGUCCGGGCGGCAGAUGGAGACCCCCGAGGUCUGUUAUGGGUUUUGGAUGAGGAGAUGGUAACACCAGCCUCCAGUGAGAACAGCGCCCUGGAGAGAGUCUGCCAGUAUUACAGCAACACUGUGCGUCAGUGCGAACAGCCUCUGCAGUGUGAGCUGAACCACCUGAUGGGUGCUGACCCGGUUCGCUAUGACCUGACCGGGUGGUUUGGUCUGAUCCAGAACAACCCUUCUGCUCUGAACGCCAUCUGCCUGCUGGAGAACUCCACCAUAGCGGAGGUGAAGGCCAUGUUUACCCCCAGAAUCUCUCUGCCACCUCUGUGUCGAGGUCUUGGAGGGUUGGAGGGCAGCAGUCAACGCUGUCUGCAGAGAAAUGGCACCAUCAGAAAAACGUUCAGCGGGGGAAUGGCAGCCAUCCGCAGACACUCCCAGUGCAUCGCAGUAAAGCUACAGGCAGACUCUCUGGUGAACCUGAUUCGUCGAGCCCGGCCUGUGUUCCUUCAGUGUAUGAGUGCCAAGUCCGACAGUGGGGGCUUUGACGUCCCUGCUCUCAGAGUACAGCUGAACUCCACGCAGAUCCUGUCAGCGCUGCAGCUCUACCGAACAGGUUAUCCAGAGCACAUGACUUUGAGUGACUUCAGGUGUCAUUUCCAGGCUUUGUCUCCUCCAAUUAUGAAACGUUACGCUUCAAUGUUUGUGAGCCACGAUGAGAGAAAGGCGGUGGAGGAGUUACUAGUUGAGCUGGAUCUGGACAAAAAGAGCAUCAUAGUGGGAACCAGCAGGGUGUUUAUGAAGCGAGGUGUGCUGCGUUACCUGGAGCAGCAGAGGGACCAGCAGGUCACUGGGUGGCUGGUGCAUCUACAGGCCGCCUGUCUGGGACAUCUCGCCCGCCAGAAAUACAGAAAACUCAAGGUGCAGCAGAUGGCAGUGAGUUGUCUGCAGAGGAACCUCCGGGCUCUGAGGGUCGUGGCCAAGUGGAGUUGGUGGAAACUUUUCUGCCGAGUCCGUCCUCUGCUUGAUGUCAACAUGGACAAUGAGAGACUCAGGACCAAAGAGGAUGAGUUAUCAGCUCUGAGACGGCGUCUGGAGAAAUCAGAGAAGGAGAGGAACGAGCUGAGGCAGACUGCAGACAGCCUGGAGACCAAGGUUACAGCUGUGACAUCUGAGCUGAGCGAUGAGCGUUUCCGUGGCGAUGCCGUGGGCCAGGCUCUGGAUGUGGAGAGGGCAGAGAGACUUCGGCUCAGCAGGGAGAACAAAGACCUGCAGGCUCGCCUAGACCAGUGCAAAGUCACCAUGGAAACUCUGGAGAAGCAGCUGGAGGAGGAGAAACAGAAAUCCUCGAUGGCUGAGAGUCAGAGAGGAGCAGGAUCAGAGAGCGAGCUGGUCAUGCAGCUGGAGUGCUGCCAGACAGAGGUUGAAUUUGUCCGCAGACGACUCAAGCAGACGGAGGAAAAAGUUGAGACAGAGAGGCAGACCCGACAACAGCUCGAUACCAAGGUGGCUUCACUGCAGGCCCAGCUGGAGCAGUCCAGGAGGAGUGCCACAGAGCUGAAGCGCCACUGCCGCCGUGUGACCUCUGAUCUUCAAGAUGCCCGGGUCCUCACUGACAGCCUGCAGAGCCGCAUGCAUGAGCUGGAACGCAAACAAAGGCGGUUCGACAAUGAGUUGACGCAGGCCUUAGAGGAAGCUGACAAUGAAAGAGAGCAAAAGGACAAAACUUUUCAAGAAAACAGUGCUCUGGGGAUUGAAAUAUACACUCUGCGUCACAACCUACAGGAGAGCCAGUCGGAGGUGGGCCGUCUGCAGAAGCAGAAGGAGGAGUUGUGUGCUCAGAUCCGUGACCUCAGCCUACCUGUUGAUCUGGCCUCGGACUCUCUGCCUGACCUCAAAAAACAGCUUCGCCUCCUUGAGAGCCAGGCCGGUGAACGAGCCGAGGAAAUCACCAAGCUCACCGCAAGAAUACAACACCAACAACAGAUUCACAUGCGUUUUGAGAUGGAGAUGGAGAGGAUGAAGCAGAUCCAUCAGAAGGAGUUAGAAGAUAAAGAAGAGGAGUUAGAGGAUGUGCACAAGUCCUCUCAGAGACGGCUGAAACAGUUGGAGAUGCAGUUGGAGCAAGAGUAUGAGGAGAAGCAGAUGGUGAUUCAUGAAAAGCACGACUUGGAAGGGCUAAUUGCUACUCUGUGCGACCAGGUGGGUCACAGAGACUUUGAUGUGGAGAAGAAGCUGAGGAGAGAUCUGAAGAGGACCCAUGCCCUUCUGGCUGAUACCCAGCUGAUGCUCGCCACCCUCAACUCAGAGGACAACCUGCCCGGCUGUAGCAAAGAGCAGAUAGAGCGUCUGCACUGCCAGCUUGAGGAGAGUGAGGCGAGGAGGCUCGAGGCUGAGAGCAUCCAGACAACCCUUUCACAGGAACUGGAGAACACUCAGAUAGAACUGGAAAACAUCUGCAAACAGAAGAGCAUGGUGGAUGAACAGUUUGCCCUGCUACAGCAUGAGAAGACGGACCUAUUGAAAAGGGUUGAGGAGGACCAGGAAGAUCUUAAUGAACUCAUGAAGAAGCACAAAGCGCUCAUUGCACAGUCCUCCAGCGAUAUCGCUCAGAUCAGAGAGCUCCAGGCUGAACUGGAGGAGCUGAAGAAGCAGAGACACUCUCUCCAGGAAGAGCUCCAGCAGAGUGUGUCAAGGGUGCAGUUCCUGGAGUCGUCCACUGUGGGGCGCAGCAUUGUCAGUAAACAAGAGGCACGUGUAUGUGACCUGGAAAAUAAAUUAGAGUUUCAGAGAGGACAAGUCAAGAGGUUUGAGGUGCUGGUGUUGCGUCUAAGGGACAGUGUGGUCCGACUUGGGGAGGAGCUGGAGCAGAGCGCCCAGGCCGAGGCUCGGGAGAAGGAGAACGCCCGGUACUACCAGCAGCGUCUGCAGGACAUGAGGCUGGAGAUGGAGGAGCUGACUCAGAGGGAGCAGGACAGCAGCCGCAGACGCAUGGAGCUGGAGAUGCAGGUGGAGGAGCUCAGCGCUGUCAGACAGACAUUACAGGCCGACCUGGAGACGUCCAUCCGCCGCAUCGUGGAUCUGCAGGCCGCCCUGGAGGAAGUGGAGUCAAGCGACGAGAGUGACUCUGAGAGUGUUCAAACUGCUGUGGAGUCUUUUACUCGAAAGAAAGACCUUGACUCUGUGUCGAGUGUUGGAUCUAUUGGGACAGAGGAUGUUGGAGAGGGAAUUCGACACUGGCUGGGGGUACCUAGAGGAGGAUCCCGUGGUGGUGGCUCCCCCUAUAGUGGCAGUACCAUCAGCGGCCACGGGGGGCGCCAGUCUGUCGCUGACACCAUGAGCACUUAUAGCUUCCGUUCAUGUGUGGAUCCUGAUGAUGAAGGCUCAGAGGCUGGUGGAGUCAGUUCGCGAGGUCUUGGCCGAGCCCCGUCAUCCUCUGCGCUGUCCGAGCUGCUGGACGGACUUCGUAAACGCAGAGCUGGGGCUGAUACGGCAGAAGGAGCUGGCAGCGCCGUCUCCCUGCCCAUUUAUCAAACAACCGGAGCCUCAACGCUCAGACGAAGAGCGUCAGCCAUGUCCCUUGGUGCGGAAGACCUUCAGGAGCCCCGGCCGGGCCCCAGCAUCCUGAAAUCGUCCUCUCCGCUCCUGCCCCGUGCCGCCAGCGUCCACUCCAUCGGUGAAUCUCAGUCGUCUGCUGGAGCCUCCACAGCUGGGGCCAGAGUUUCUCGGUUCAGUUCCGGUGAUUCCACCUCUUCCCUCCCCUCACUACCACGCCUCUCCUCUUUGGCGUCCUCCCUCGCUGCUCGACAUCACCCUCCUUCUCUGUCCAUCCCAGAGGAGGACUCAGAGGAUCCCCUGCGCUCCAUGUCCGCUUCCAUGCAGCGCUCCCCUCAGCCUCUACGGCGGUGCAUGCUCAGCAGUGUAGUCACAGAAGACGGGGGUGAGGGCUCUCUGGGUUCAGAACCCAUGGUUUUCCAAAACCGCCGCCUGACUGGGGAUAACAGCCGGGAUGAUGCGUCGUCUGACAUCCUGCCCGCCAUCAGAAGAGCUCAGUCCACCAGCAGCCUGGCCAGCUCAGUCAGAGGGGGCAGGAGGGCGCUGAGCGUCCACUUCGGGGAGCUGCCUCCGUCGAUCCGCAGCAGGAAAAGCUCAGAAACCGAGUCGUCCAGCUCAGGUGGGUCAGGAGGAAGUUCCCAAGGAGGGGGAACCAGACGAAGGAUUGAACGGCCACAGGGUGAAAGACUGGAGGCAGAGGGCAGUGAGGGGGGAGACGUAGCAUCAGUCAUGAAGAAAUACCUCAAGAAGGAGAUGGACUGAACCAGAUGACCGAGUUCAGCCAUUUGUGCAUCAAAGUUCAGCUGUGUGUGCUUUACUUGAGCUCACAGAAAGUCUGAAGACUCUAGCAGCUGCAGUGGAGGCUGAAGGAAAUCCUUUCAAAGUCAACAAGGAUGUAUUGUUGACUCUACAUGUUGAUACUCAAGCCCCUGAAAAUACAUUUGUUCAGUCUGUUUGUAUAUGAA